CUCCGAUUUAACAGCGAAAGGACAGCUUCUCUCACUACACAUGCGCGAACAUUGUCGCACACUUGCUCCGGACGGGCGGCGCGCAUCAGAUCAGCCGACGGUCCUGAGUGACUCCUCUUCGAUUCGCGCCUUUCUUGCCGCCCUCUCCUCAGCCGUCAUCUUCUUGUUCUUCUUCUUGCCGGACUUCUGGUCACCUUUGCUGCCGGGUGUGGCAUCGCCUCGCUGUGCUUGGCUGUCUGCCUCCUCGCUGCUGGUGUCCUCGCUGUCUGUGCUGUCGUCUGUGCUGUCGUCUGUGUCGUCUGUGUUGUCUUGGUCUUUGUCGUUGAAGCGAGGGCCCCUGACGAACUCCUGGCAUUCUGGUGCCUCGGGUCCGCCCGUCUCGGCCUCGCGGGCAUAGUCAGACGGCAGGUCGAUGGGCUGGAAGCCGUCCUUGAUGGAGCCCUUGAUGGCCUUCCCACUGUAGCCGUUGGGGUACAUAUGACCUGAGCCAAGCAACCCACACACAACAGCGACAGGAUUGACGCAGACAGAACCAAACGUAUGUACGCACGCACCUCUGACGAUGACGGUCGUGUCGUCGUAGACGCCGUCGACGGGCAGCAGUGUCUCUCGCCAGAUGGGGAACUUGGUGUGUGGGUGUGUCAUGUGGCGCUUGAAGAGCAGCCGCCCCUCCUCGUCCAGCAGCUCGUACCAGUUCAUGUACUGGGUGCAGUCCUUGUCGGUGCUCGUGUACCGCACCUUCAGCACGUAACCACCCGAAGUCCCGUUCUUGAUACCCAGGUCCAAGAUGUCGGCGUGGGGCGGGCCUUUGUGCUUGCCCUUCUUCUUUCUCAGCACGUUGGCCACAUCGUUGGAGGCGCACUCGGCCUGCUGCACCAACAGGAAAGCGCCAAGGCAAACAGCGGCGAAGAGCUGGGAGCGGGCCAUCUGAUGUUCUCCUGUUAGAAGGUUAGAAGUGCUU